AUGUUGCUUCUUGCAGUUCCUAUUGGAGUUAUUGCUUCUUUUAAGAAGAUGAAAAAGCUAACAAAGGACACAGCAUUAGUAGUGGCUGCACUCAGGGAUUCUUCUGUUCUCGUUGUAACUUCAGAUGAAAAGAAGGUGAAGCGACUUCAUCGUCUUCCAUUCACUGAGGUCAUGGAUCCACGGUUAUGCACUGUUUUGGUAGAAAAUCUACCAGAGGAUCAUUCUGUGGAGAACAUUCACCGUAUAUUUGGUGAAGCUGGAAAAAUAUUGAAUGUUGCCAUCCGUGACCCACAUGGUGUAAGGGACCCUAAAAAACACACAAUUGCGGAGAAGCUGCUAAGUGGUAAGUUACAUGCUCUUGUGGAGUAUGAGACUGUGGAGGCUGCAGAGAAAGCUGUGGCUACUUUGAAUGAUGAGCAAGACUGGCGGUAUGGUAUGCGAGUCAAGCUUCUCAAGGGAAUGGGCAAGCAUGGACAGAAGAAAAAUGGCUGGAGGGAAUCUGAUUCUGAGAAGACCAGCAAUGUCCAAGCAUCUGAUCGAGCAGGACAUAAGGAGAAACACAAUUUGAAUGAGCAUCAUGAAGACAUACAUGAUGAAGAGGAUGGAGAGCAUUUAUCAAAAGAGAAAAAUGGGCAUAGGGCUCAAAACCGAGGACGAGGAAGGAGGCAAAAAUAUCGUGGUACUGGUGGACAAGGCCAUGGAACCAUUUCCUCUAGUCAUGGUGUUGAAACCUCAAAGCCACCACCUGGCCCAAAGAUGCCUGAUGGAACCAGAGGAUUUACCAUUGGGCGUGGCCGGCCUUUGGCUUCAAAUCCAAGUUGAAUGUUCUUCUGUUUCAAGUCCCUUGGGUUCUGUCUAGCUGAUAAAUAUGUGCAAUGACAGUGUGAUUUGAGUGGCUGUGUGAUUGAUCGCAACUAUCGAGUUUGAUUGCCUGUUUUUUAGUGCUGUCAACUUGCAAAUGAACUCCAGUAUUGCCUAGUCCCCAAAAGAACACCCUAUACUAUAAAAAGCAAUAUCAAACAAGUUUUAGAUUUGCUUGUGAUAUCAUGAUUACAAAAUCUAAUAGUUUGCAACUGGGUUUGCCUCUGCAUGUUUUAUGCUAAGAUGCUUGGCAUUGUGGUAUAAUUGUGAUCUGAACGGUACGGGUUCUAAGUGUAGAAAUACUUUUUCUGCAU